CGUUCUUUCGUUCUUCGUUUUUUUAAUACUUUUUUUGCUUUAUUAAAUUUUAGUUGGUUUCAAAUUCAAAUUCAACUGCAUAGUGAUUUAUAUUUUUCCUUUGUUAUUUUUACAGAUAUCAUAUUUUUUUUAAUUUUUCAAAUUUGUAAUGAAGAUUUACCAUCUGGCAGUGAUUAGGGCGUCUGACCCACAGACAGAUGAGCAGAACAAGAGACCAAGUUUAAUUUUGUGCUCCGAAAGCGACCUCUCAGAGUUUUCAUUUUUCCAGCGCAGCAGUGUGGCAGAGUUUAUGAAUUUCUUCUCAACAACAGUUGCCGAGCGCACAUCCGUAGGACAAAGACAGGCAGUUUCAAACUCUGAGCAAGGCGACCGCAUAGUAUAUGCAGUACGCGGUAGCUCUGGUGUCUGUGCCACAGUGAUUACGGACAAGGAGUACCCUGAUCGAGUGGCACUUACGUUAGCUGGCAAGAUUCUGGAUGAGUUCACGCAGACGUAUAAUGCGGAUAGAAUUGCGGGAGCCUCGGAUAAAUUGGCGUUUCCGUUGUUGGGCGAAAUGCUGGUGAAGUAUCAGGAGCCGAGGCAGGCGGAUAAUAUUAUGAAGGUGCAGAUGGAGUUGGAGGAGACUAAGGCUGUACUGCAUAAGACUAUUGAAGGGAUUUUAGAGAGGGGAACUAAGCUGGAUAACCUGGUGGAUCGGUCAACUGAACUGUCGAAUAGCUCAAAGGCUUUUUAUAAGACAGCAAAGAAGACUAAUUCGUGCUGUGUCAUCAUGUAGGUUUUUUUUUUCGUUUUUUUCGUUUUUCCAUUUUUAUUUCAUUUUCGUUAAAUAUAUAAUUUUACGGUCAAUGUCAC